AUUUACAAAGAUGAAAACAUACUUGUGUUUCCUGAAGAAGACAGCAAACUAGUAAUACGCAUGCCUCCAGAUCCGUGUUUUAAUGAUGAAUUUGUUGAAAUGCGAGUCAAAUUUGGUCAAACCUUUCGCAAAAUUGUGAAAAUUUUGAAAACAUCCUCAUCUGCAGUUGAAGACUUAAGUGACUCAAUUAAGUUUUCAUAUUCAUAUCUUAAACCCAGAUUAACGCAGUGCCAUGAUGUUUCUAGUAUUUUGGAGCUAAUUCAGGAGAAAUGCUCACUUGUUAAUAUUAAGCUGUUAGAGUCCAUCAUGAGUGAGUUGGAUGUCAAAGAAGCUGUUGCAGUUAUUGAUCAGUACAAGGCAACUGUUGAAGAAUUUUUUGAGUCUGUUUCUCUUCGUCUUUCACUCAAUGAACUGUUUUCCCCAAUACCACCUCUUCGAUGUGAAACAGCUACCAUUUAUGUUGCUAAAAAUGUUGACGACUGCACUCUUCAUGACAUAGAAGAAUUAAUAUCACUUGCUGCAAAUCGAUUGUCUAAAGUAGUAACAUUGGUUGUUGUUAAAAUGGGCAACUCCUUUACCAUCACUUGCUCCUUUCCUGUCCUUCGCUCUGAGUCACUUAUUGCUACUGCACUUGAUAAUAUUGACUCACUCAUUGAGAGAGGAGUAGAGAAACUAACCAUUGGAUACAGUACUGUAUAUGAUCAUAAGCUAUCUCAGAAUGAUAAAGCAGCAGCAACUUUUAAAAAAUACAUAUUGACUUCAGAAAUGAAACAGCAGUUGUAUGCAUCAGUUUACAGCAGUCAAGGUACAAUGGAGCAGUUACUAAUAUCAAGGACCAUACAACUACUGAAUAGUGAAGAGGAACUGGCUAGUAUUCAACAAUUGAAAGAGAAGAAUGAGAAACUGGAGGCUGAAAUGAAAGUAUUAUCAGGAAUGAAGUGGGAGGUAGAUCAAUUAAGAACAAGAGAAAUCGAGAAAGUUGAAAUGUUACAAGAGAAGAUUUCUGUGCAAGGUAUGAAGAUAUUAGAGAAAGAAAGCCAACAAAAACAGCUGCAGAAGUUUUUGGAAGAAAAAGAAUUGGAAAAAAAAGCUGAGCUCCAGAAAAUAGACGAAUUAUUGUACAGUUCCUUGCAAGAGAAAGACACUGAGUUACAAAAAGUCAUUCAAAUGCAGCAGGUUAAUGAUACUCAAUAUUUACAAGCAAAAAGAGUGUUUUUAGAGCACUUUAUUGAGCUAUCUGUGGCAAUAGCUGUCACUCCAAACAGACUGUCUGUUGUGAAGCAGCUCUUUGAUAGUGGCCUUGUCUCUGAGACCAAUUUGCAUCAAGCUACAGAAGAUGAUACUGUGUCUGGUAUUGAAAAAGGAGCUGUGCUUAUGAAAGAACUCAAAGCAUUUAUCAAUGAAAGACCUGAAUUGAUCUCUUCACUAGUUGCAGUACUUGAGAAAAAUGAGGCCUUCAAAUCAAUAGCUAAGAGGAUCAGAAAAG